GUCAGUCAGUCAGUCAGUCAGUCGGCUCGGCACCGGCCGCGACGCACGAUCGCGUGGAUUUUUCUUCCUUCUCCGUGGACACGUACGCACGCACGCACGCACGCACGCACGCAUACAGACGGUCGCGACGGUCUCAACACGCCUCCGUUUCUCCGCCGUGCAGUGGCGCACGCCGCACGGCCCGACCUGUUCCUCGGCCCAGUUUUUCCUCAGGCCGCCACCGAUUUUCCACCGUUGCGAGACCUGCUGCUGCUGCUGCUGCUGCUGCCCGCCUGCACGCAGCCACGGAUCCUCGUCGGAUUACCACGCAUCGGGUCCGUCGAAAUUUUCCAGCCUGACUCUCACCGUCGUGCAUCGAACAGGGUGAUGAUGUAACGGGACUUUCGCUGUCGCUGCAGUGAAGCAACGAUGUCCACGCACUGCAACCGCUUCGUGCAGAACGCCUGGAAGAAGGAACUCUGUUCGAACUGCUUCAAGCCGCGAGAGGAGCACACUCUGCCGGAUGACACGUUCCGGGUGAACAUCGGCAAGGCCCUGAACCACGCCAAGACUGAUAAUGUUAAGAUACAGAGUAUCCUGCGCGGCAAGCCGGUCUCCCAGAGAGACCAGAAGAAGAAGAACGUCGCGUUCACGGACCACCUGACAGAGAUAAUCGGAUACGGCGGCGAUGACUUCUUCUCCGACGGCGAGGAGGAGGACGAGCAGGACUUCGCGGAGUCGUUCAGCGGAGACGACGACGCGCUGCCAGACAGCGAGGAGGACAGGGCUCUGGGCAACCUGACGCGUGCCAAUACCAACUUCAACACCAUCACCGCUAAUUUGACAGAGAUCAUCCCGGCGACCGAGACGAAAUCGUCCACGACGACGAGAUCCUUCGCGUCGUUGAUGCUGGGAAGGAUACAGAAGGACUCGGAGGGCAAGAAGACUACGUUGCUGGUCUCUGUCACGCCGUUUGGCGGCGACGAAUCCGUGCCAACGGCGAAGAGACCCAGCGACAAGAAGGUGAACGGGUUCGUCAACGGGCUCACAAAUUUCACCAGGUACAAGACGAGCGAGAGUACCGACAGGUCAGAGACGACGCCAAAGGGCACGAAGAAGAUCGACGUGGACGCGAAGAAGGAGGAGAAGAAGGAGCAAAAGUACUCGUCCGGCAUAGAGAAGAUCGUGGACAUGCCCCUGAUCACGUCGAACAAUUUAAUUUCUGUCAUCCAACGGAACGAGACGGGAGAGGGUGACGACGCGAAGGAUAAAACGACGGAAUCGAACGCAGGCAACGGCGAGAGGAGCCUGGAAGCUGGUAAGUCGGACAAGAAGGGUGCCAAUAUCCCUCGCAGCCAGGCGACCAAGAAGUCGAGCGAGAGCGAGAAGCCGAAGACACCCGGGAAUGUCUCGCAGAACGGCGCCAGGAUCGAGUACGACUUCACCGGGAAAAUUGCGAAGAAAUCGCUCGAGGUAUCCAGAGUGGAGAACGACUCCUCGGACAGGGGUAUCGAGUUGUCUCUGUCGCCUCUGAAGAACGAGGUCGAAGAAGCGGCUGAGAGCGACAGAUCCAUGAUGGUUCGAGGAAAGGACGUCGGUAGAAGCAACGCGUCGCUAAUCGAGGCGAGAAAAGUCGCCAAGGACGAUCCGUCGUCGCUCGAGGUGCGCAAAACAGACGGCGAAGUUGUUUCCGCGGAGAACAAGUUCAGUUUCGAGGAAAGUCGAGAGUUGGCCGGUGAACCGGAUGGAAAGGCGGACGAAGAGGACGUGACGGAACCGCCGGCGCUGCCAAAGAGUCCGCCACCUAUCGAGACCAGGCCAGCUUAUCACGGCGACACGUGUAAGUCGUCGAUCAUCGCUACGGAACCGAGACCUUCUUUCUUGCACGGCGCGGUUCACUCGGAGUCGAAGGUGAAACCCGUCGUACCUCAGAAACCGAGUAAUUUCUUGGCCAAGAACACUCCCGUCGCGUCGUCCGACGCUAAUGCGAAGAAGAGUUACGUACUGCCUCCGCCUUCGGUUCAGAACGCUGCCAAUAGACCUGCUCAGAGUACAGGUGCAAACGUUGUUGUCCCGGCGUUGGAACAGAUAACCUCCCGACUAAUGGCUACCAAAGACAAGUCCGAGGAACAAGUUCCGAGUUCACCGAUGGACCAGGUCCGCGGACCUUUCAACGAGAACGGUCAGAAAGACACGGAGCAGCGCGAGAACGAGAUGUCUCGAGCACAGAUCGGCUCGAAACCGGUGUGUCGAGCGGUGGAGACAAAGUGGUCGGGCGUCGAGACGGCGGCGUCGAAAACGUCCUCGGGAAUCAAGCCGAAGACGCCUUCGAGCGUGGCGAGAAGUCAGACGGCGGAUACGGGAGACGUCGGCGAGAGUGCAGAGGUCGAGGAAGAGAUUCUGGACGCGCAGUGCUCGACGACCGAGUCGAUACGGUCGCCGAACAAAAGAAGAAUGGCCCCGAAGCCACCGGCGGCUGAUUCCGUGGAGGAACUGGCUCCCAGUUCCACCCUGUUCGCCAGGAAUCCCGGGGCGAAUUUCAAAUCGGACUCUCCGGUGGUGAGAGAAAAAGAGAAGGGGGAAAGAGCCUCUUCGUGCAGUCCAAAGUUCCGGAAGGCUGUCUCGGACCUGCCCGAUCCGACCAGCGCGCAAACGUCGGAUCCAGCGUCCAGAAGAACGAUAUCCUUGUCUCAGGAUAGCCUGACGAGUGGGCCGGAAGUGAGAGAGGAGAAGAAGAGGGGUAGAUCCCGUUUCUCUCUGAAGAGAUUCCUCAGAAUGGGCUCGAGAAAAGACGUAGAUAUGGUCAGUGGUCACGUGUCGAACUCGAGGAUCGACGAAAUACCUUCGACGCCGCAACCCAAGCCACGAUUAGAGAUUAUUCAUCCGCUGGAGCUGGAUGGCGCUGCUGUUGAAGUGGUGGGGAACGAUCGGAUCAGCAGGAUAAGCGAAGAUCAACCGGAUUCCUGUGGUCCCAGGAACGACGCUGGACGAGCAACUCGAUCGCCGUUGUCCGUCGGAUCACACGCUGCCGUGAGACCCGGAAAACCACCGCCACCGCCAAGGAACCAGUCCCUGGAGGAUUGGUCGAGACUGGAUCCAGCUAGCAAACCGGUCAGACCACCACCGCCACGCGUCGAGACCAAACAACUACCGUCGAGGAGCGACAAGUCAUCCUCGAAAUCGUCGUCCUCCUCUUCCACCUCGUCGUCUUCGACGUCCUCGUCUUCGUCGUCGUCGUCGUCAUCCUCGUCGUCGUCGUCGUCCUCGUCGACCUCGUCGUCAUGGCAGCCCGCAGCCUCGACCACCUCAGACUCGAUUUACGCGAAUCUGGCAGCGGAGGAUGUUACAGGUGAGGUGCGCAGCUCGUUGGCACCCUCGAAACCGCAAAGAACCGCCAGCAUGAGGGACCAAGCGACCUCGCAGCCGAUCCUCAAGAAACACGGCUCGUCCAGCCCGGCCCUUAAUCAGGAUUACGAGGCCGUCGCGGUUUCUGCGCCACCCACGUCCGAUUCUCUGACGUCUAACGACAGUCAUGUUUACGAGUGCCUUUCCAGCUCGCCCGAGUGCGACUCGAAUCUCGAGCUCAGGCAUGCUGGCGGAUCUCAUCUCACCUGCAAGAGGAAAUCCGACAGCAACGCGAUGGAGCCCGCUGCGGAAUUCAAAUUUCAUCAUCAGACGUUCGUCAGAUCGACCUCGCUCCCAUAUUGCGGCAGCGAGACCGAGAGCGAGCUGUAUGCCCCCUAUGGCUUUUACACCGGCGAUGAGGGCCCGGAGGAGGAUCAGGACUGGAAGAAUAAGGACGACGAAUUAAGGAUAAGCCGAUUGAGGCAACGCAGAGGUCGCAGUAUAGUUCAUCGGAGCCUCGAGGAUAAUUACGGCGCCGUGGUGGUCGCGAAUCACGAAGCCCUCGCGCAAUUUCUCGACCAGCUGAACCAAACACCUCAAGCGCCGGCGGGGCUGCGAGCGCUGAAAAAUACGAACCCGCGUAUAAUCCACUUCGGCAUCGACGCCAAUACGUCGAUCACCGUUGGUAGAAGAAUAUUUUGCUCGGCGACGUGGAACGAGCUGAACGUCACCCUGUGCAUCGCCUUCGAUCUGGCCACGCACGUGUCGCGGAAGGAAUUUUAUUUGGCACCUAUAAUCGAGUUUAUAGACAGCCCACCGAAGGAAAUUACCGAGAGGACGUGUCUGCCUGGGAACAAGCAGCUCGAAGCGACCAUCUCGGUACUACCGCGCCUGCAGGUGAACACGAUGCAAUUAUUCGGGGCCACGACCAAGGACCUGCACGACGAAGGAACCGUCAGGGAAGCCUCGUUCGUGCUCCUCCAGUUCGUCACGGCGCUGAAGAGCCUUCAAGCGCGCGGGAUCGAAGAGUCGGCCAGGAGCUUGAACAACGUGGUGCUGUGCAGGGAAGACAAGGACGCCUAUUACAGGCUCUAUCUUCUUCAAGGAUUGAACGUGGAGACGAACGAGGAACGCGACGAGGAGAGAGUUUCGCUGUGCCAGUGCGCGCUAGUCGCGUUCCAGCAGCUCAACCUGACCAGCAGGUUGCCGUUGAUUCAGGAGUUGCUGAUGAGAGAGAAGGCGGUCACCCUGUCUCAGGUGAAAUCCGUCCUGGAAUUUUCUCUCUGGGGUCCCGCGGACGUGACGUUCGGCGGACCAAGGGAAAGGGAAGUUACCCUGCAGAGAUGGCUGGAUCUGGAGAGGGCGAACGUUCUGCACGCGCUGGUGAGGACAAGAGCACCCCUCACCGUCACGGACGAAUACCAAUUGCUAUUCUUGGUUCGAACCAGUGCGAAAAUUAUGGGCGAAGCGUCGCUGCUCCUGGACGAACAACGGACCCGUCUCCUUCGUGCCCGUUAAUCCAACCUCUCUUUCGCCAAAUGAUCCGCGUUAGUUCGAGAGAUCGAGACAAGUCGGGGAAGUUAUCGAAGCGAUCGACAUCGCGUGAGAGAUUCCUAGGUGUAAGAACAGGCAAGAUUUUUGCGUUUCGUCGAAACGGGAUCGAGCAACGAUCGCGAUUGUACAGAUCGAUGGAAAUCUAUCGAGCAUCGUGACGAUCGAGGCGAGUUCGCG